AUGGACUACGACUACACCUUCAAUCACUGGCCCGGGCCGCUGCUGACGUCCGGGCGUGAGGGUAUGACGGCGAGUUCAACGGACCUGGUGCGCCAGGCCGAAAUGGCCGUCGAGAACGGCAUCUACCCGGAGCGCAUCUUCCAGGGCUCCAGUGGCAGCUACUUCGUGAAAAAUCCGGAAAACAAGACGAUUGCCGUGUUCAAGCCCAAGGACGAGGAACCGUACGGCCGGCUGAACCCCAAGUGGACCAAGUGGAUGCAACUGUGCUGUCCCUGCUGCUUCGGCCGCUCGUGCCUGGUGCCCAACCAGGGCUACCUCUCCGAAGCCGGCGCCAGCCUGGUCGACCAGAAGCUGGCGCUCAACGUCGUGCCGAAAACGCAGAUGGUGAAGCUGGCCAGCGACACGUUCAACUACACCAGGAUCGACAGGGAGAAGGCUCGGGUGAAGCAGCUGGUCUCCGAAAGGUUCCCCAAAGUGGGCAGGAAGUUCCACAGGCUGGGCCUCCCUCCCAAGGUGGGCUCGUUCCAGCUGUUCGUGGAGGGCUACAGGGACGCCGACUUCUGGCUGCGGCGGUUCGAGCAGGAGCCCCUCUCGGACGAGCUGCAGACCGAGUUCCAGCUGCAGUUCGAGCGACUGGUGACGCUCGACUACAUCAUCCGCAACACGGACCGCGGCAACGACAACUGGCUCAUCAAGUACAUCCGGCCGGAUGAGCAGCAGGCACUGGAUCCGAAUCGGGAGACGGCGGCGGCCCCAGCCGGCCCGUCAUCCGCGUCGGCCGCCAUCGACAACGGCCUGGCGUUCCCGUUCAAGCACCCGGACUCGUGGCGUGCCUACCCGUACCACUGGGCGUGGCUUUCCUGGGCCAAGCGGCCCUUCUCCACGCAGACGCGCGACCACGUGUUGCCGCUCAUCUCGGACAUGAACUUCGUGCAGGACCUGUGCGACCAGCUGUAUCGGCUGUUGAAGACGGACAAGGGGUUCGACAAGAACCUGUUCGAGCACCAGAUGUCGGUGAUGCGCGGCCAGAUGCUGAACCUGGCGCAGGCCCUGAAGGACGGCAAGAGUCCCGUCCAGCUGGUCCAGAUGCCGGUGGUGGUGGUGGAGAGGGCGAAGGGCGGUCACAGCGAGACCCGCUUCCGCUCCAUCAGCGACACAUUCACGCAGCGGUUCCAGCACAAGUCGCCCUUCUUCUCGUGGUGCUAG